CUAGCCAAGACAUGCUGAUGAAUGUGAUAGAGCAGCUCAAGUUGAGGUCGCUGGAUCCAUCUGAAACCGCUAAAACGCCAGAAGAAGCUUUUCAGUUUUGGUCAACCCAGCCUGUACCAAAAAUGGACGAGAAGAUAGUUGUCAACGAACCAAUACAAACGGAUAAAGCAUUAUCCGAGUGGAUCCACAUAGCGGAUCCGUACACCUUACCCGACGGGUUGACCUGGGAUACAAUUAAUCUGAACGACCCUCUACAGCUGGAAGAGUUAUACACUUUGCUCAAUGAGAACUAUGUCGAGGACGAUGAUGCUAUGUUUCGAUUUGAUUACCAGCCUAAUUUUCUACAGUGGGCUCUUCAGCCGCCCGGUUAGCGUGCAGAGUGGCACUGCGGAUUUCGUGUAGUUAAAUCCGGUCGCCUGGUAGGUUUCAUAUCGGCUAUUCCUGGAACCUUAAAUGUACAUCAGAAAACCCAGAAAAUAGUCGAGAUUAACUUUUUGUGCGUUCAUAAAAAGCUACGCCCGAAACGACUAGCUCCGGUGCUGAUUAGCGAAAUAACCAGAAGAGUAGGUUUGACCGGAAUAUUCCAGGCCGUUUACACGGCUGGAGUUGUACUGCCCAAACCGGUUGCUUCCUGUCGUUAUUGGCACCGUUUGCUAAAUCCAAAGAAGCUUGUAGAGGUUGAAUUUUCACACAUCUUUCCCAAUAUGACUAUGCAUCGAAUGAUCAAACUAUACAAACUCCCAGACGCUCCGAAGACACCCGGUUUCCGGAAGAUCCGCGAAUCGGACUUGAAAGGUACUCAACGGCUUCUGGAGCGUUAUAUGGCUGGAUUCAAUUUGACCCCGGUGUUCGACGAGGAUGAAUUCCGUCACUGGUUCUCUCCCCAGGAAGGCAUCAUCGAUUGUUUCGUUGUCGAGGAUCCUGCAAGCGGGGAAAUCACCGACAUGGUCAGCUACUACACGCUUCCCUCGACGGUCAUGCAUCACGCCGUUCACAAGUGUGUCAAGGCAGCCUACAGCUUUUACAACGUUUCGACCAAGACGCCCAUACGUAGUUUGAUUAGAGAUGCUCUUAUCUCGGCGCGGAAUCUAGACUUUGAUGUGUUCAAUGCACUGGAUCUGAUGGAAAACAAAAAGUUUCUUGAGGAGCUCUUGUUUAAAAUCAGCAACGGAGAUUUGAAGUACUAUUUGUUCAACUGGCGCUGUCCCAGCAUGCAACCGCAAGAAGUGGGAUUGGUUUUGCUUUAG